CUUCAAUAAUCAAUUCUUUUAUUCUUUGUUAAAUACUAAAGAUCAAGGAAAAGUUUGCAUCAUGACUAUUCAAACGUACUCUCUUCCUGAGUUAGUAGAUUUAGCAUUAAAGACUCCUAUAAUAGGAGUUGUAAACUUUGGAAUCUUGAGAACUAUUCUUCAUAUAUUAAUUAAGGAGAUGGGGCUGCAAUCCUUUUACACGAAACUAAACAUUACAGAUAUGAAACCCCAAAUACUUGAUAUGCCAGCUGCACCGAGACGUCCGUCUGACAUUGCCGAAUCGGUUGAAAGAGAGUUAUUAACCGAAUUAGAAGAAAUAGAAGAUAUUGAAGGAGAAGUACCAGAAUCAGAAAACAUAAGUAAUCUUUCAAUUGGAGAAGAGCCUAUCAAACCAGCAGAAGAAGAGGAUGAAGAAUGUGAAGAGUUUCAGCCGUCUACAAUGGAUUCUGAAGAAUUUAAAUCGAAGAAAUCUGCAGAAACUAAAUUAUCGGAAAAAUCUGCAGAAACUAAAUUAUCAGAAAAAUCUUCAGAAACUAAAUUAUCAGAAAAAUCUUCAGAAACUAAAUUAAUCGACAGUCGUAGUGUUGUAUCUGAUACUUCUUUCAAAGGACCCGCUGCUUUCCAAGAGGAUAUGGCUAAAUUUUGGGAAUCGACAACAGUAAAUAGUAGAAUAACCGCUUUAGAAAGUGGUUUGGAGAAGAUCGUUGACAUAAUUGAUGAACAAGCAAGAGAUCUUGAACAUUUUAGAAGAGAUACAGAAAGAAGAAGAGCGAAAGAU